AUGAGGGGCAAUGACACAAGUUAUGGAAAGAAGGUUUUACCGUUCCAGAAGGUUAAAAGUUCACCAUGGCAGGGAGACAAGGCAUCAGCAAGAUGUGACACGUUUUCCCCCCACUCCCAUAACCCCUUCCCCUGCUUCUAUGAGGAUGCUUCACCUCCUACUCACCCCUCUCACACACUCACUUCCUCCCACCCACUCCCAACUCACCAACCUGCGUUCCCCUAUACUGGUAAAAAGGAGCCUUCACAGGACCAAGAGCUUCUCUUCCUAUUGAUGCCAGACAAUGCCAUCCUCUACUACAUAGGCAGCUGGAGCCAUGGGUCCCUCCAUGUGUACUCUUUGGUUGGUGGUUUAGUCCCUGAGAACUCUGGAGGGGGUCUGAUUCAUCUUCAAGAUGACUACUUGGUAAUGCUUAAGGCAAUUCGCAUUUUGGUUCAGGAACGUCAAACACAGGAUGCUGUUGCUAAAGCAAAUCAAACAAAAGAGAGCUUACCUGUCGCUUUAGACAAACAUAUUCUUGGCAUUGACACAGGCGAUGCAGUUCUUAAUGAAGCUGCUCGGAUCCUGCGGAUGCUACACAUGGAAAAGCUCAGAGAGCUACAGAUGAAAAUUAAUGAAGCCAUUGCCAUUCAGGCCAUCAUUGCUGAUCCAAAGACAGACCAUAGAUGGGGAAAAAUUGUAAGAUUCUCAGCCCUAUGGAAAAAUCUUAGUUCCUUAAAUCCUACUUUUAAUAAGCUUCCGUGUAUAUUAUUAAGCAAAAGAGAGGCGUCACGGAUACUUCCAAACUGUAGUGAUGUCCUUGAGGAAGAGCAGAUGCAUGGAGAACCCCAACGAGAGUUAAAAGUACUGUUAACUUUCAGUGCAAAUGAAGCAGAACUACAGGGACAAGCCGAAAAUGUGCAUUGGUGUCUUAGCCAGCCAACCUCCCAAGGAAUUCUGGAGAAGUAUGAGUAUGGUGACAUAGAAGAAAAAGGCAAAAUCAUGGGAUACAGGCAGCAGUAG